CCCAACCAUUUUCUCCGUCUCUCCCACAGCACCGAACAAGCGAGCGGCCUUGUGGUAGAGGUUUGAUACAAUGGCGACCAACGAACCCCAGCACGAGAACAGAGAGGAGGAAGAGACCGGAGCCAACGAGGACGAGGACACCGGAGCUCAGGUCGCUCCAAUCGUCAGGCUCGAGGAGGUCGCCGUCACCACCGGUGAGGAAGACGAAGACGCCAUCCUCGAUCUUAAAUCGAAGUUGUAUCGGUUCGAUAAGGAUGGGAAUCAGUGGAAGGAGAGAGGUGCGGGUACUGUUAAGUUUUUGAAGCACAAGGGGACUAGCAAGAUUCGUCUUGUUAUGAGGCAAUCCAAAACUCUGAAGAUCUGUGCCAAUCAUCUCAUUUUGCCCGGCAUGACUGUUCAGGAACACGUUGGAAAUGAAAAGUCCUGCGUGUGGCAUGCCUCUGAUUUUUCCGAAGGGGAAUUGAAGGAUGAGCUCUUCUGCAUCAGAUUCGCAUCAGUGGAAAACUGCAAGACAUUCAUGCAAAAGUUCAAGGAAGUUGCCGAAUCUGAAGAAAAGAAAGAAGAGGACAAAGAUGCUUCAGAAGCAGCUGGUCUUCUUGAGAAAUUGACAGUUAAAGAGAAGGAAACAGAGGAGAAACCUGUGGAGGAGGCGCCAUCAACAAAGGAAGAGGAGAAGAAGAGCGAGCCGGAGAAGGCGGGUGAAGAAAAGAAGAAGACGGAUGAAGAGUCCGGUUCCUCAACUUAGAUGUCUCGGCUGUUUUUCUUCUGCCAAACCUGUUGUGUGCAUGGAUACAGGGUGAGGUAUUCUAUCUUUCAUUAUAGUGUUCAGAUCCCUCUCCUGUUUAAUGGCUUUUGUCAUGUCAUAUUUGCUGGUGGGUCUUAUGGGUCGGGUUGGAUGUCAGAAGUCUGAAAAAGAGUUAGCUGAUGGUUUGCAUAUGAGAAUUUUGGUGAUGGCGGACGGUGGAAAGUUUGAGUUUGUUUUCUGAAUACAUGACUGUAAGUUCUAUUGUUC